AUGAUGUUCGGCGUGUACAUGGUUGGAGGUGACAUUCACCAUGGAGGUUCAAGUGGAGGAGAAUCGAUAUAUGGUCCACGAUUUCUGGAUGAGAACUAUAUUGUGCAACAUCAGCAUGCUGGAAUCGUGGGCAUGAUCAACUGUGGUGCACCGCAUACCAAUGCCAGCCAAUUCUACAUCACCAUAUCACCUGCUCCAUUUAUGGAUGGGAAGAAUGUUGGCAUAGGUCAGGUUGUUGAAGGACUGGAUGUUGUGAAGAAGAUUGUCCGUGUAGCAGGUGUGCCGGAGGUAAAGUCAGGAUUACUGUCCCGUGUAGCAGGAUCACGCAAGCCCGUGCUCAUUGAGAGCUGUGGACAGCUGGACACCUAG